CACAAGGCCAUUGUUCGUCGUCGUCUUGUUCAACGAUCAAUCGGUGGAAGAAUUUUCUAAGGCUUCUCGUAUAUUCAAUAUGUCUUUUCCCGCUUGGUACGUUAUAUUUUUGCCUGGAAAUUAUCGUCAUAAUUAUUGUCACGAAAAGUCAAGAAAUUUGUUCAACGUUCGAUUCAACACCGAAAUGUUGGUGACGUGUCCUCACGACAAUAUCAUCCGAGAAUGGUAUUCUUUGAGGGACAAUCAAACUGAGACAUUAGAUUUGGCAAUAUUGAAACCUGAGGGUGCAUUCAGUUUAUUAACGAAUUUAUCGUUGCACUAUAGAAGAAAGAACAUGCACGGAUUAGUUCUCAAGACUGUUGUUGUCGAGGGUAGUCCGUAUAUCGAAGUAGAGAAAAAUGGAACCAUGAGUGGAUUAUUCGGGGAUGUAUUAACCGAGCUUAGUAAAAUAGCGAAUUUUACUUUGAAUACAGUUAAAUACGUGAAGGAGUAUGGCAGAUGGGACGAAGAAAACAAAAUUUGGACUGGUGCAGUCGGCGAGAUAGCGGCUGGUCGGGCCGAUAUUUCGAUUUCAGAAUUCUCCUUGACAAAUAACAGGCUCGAUAUAAUUGAUUAUAUCAUACCGAUCAUAGUUAGUCCCAUGCAUCUGUAUAUAAAGGAUCCAUUACUUUAUGACACCAAAUGGACUGGUUAUUUUAAAGUAUUCGAUUUGAAGGUUUGGAUAUUUAUUAUCGUAAUAAUAUCGAUAGCACCGUCACUCGUCAGUAUUUUGAAAAUGGUCGACAAUCCAGAACGAGGAACUCAUCGGAUCGUUUCAAUGAUUUUAGAAAAUUAUCUUGAAUUUUGGGGUAUCUUUUGUCAACAGGGUCUCGCUGAAUUUCCCUAUCGACUUUCGUUAAGAUUGGCGUACUUUUCGACCUUCCUUUCCGCCUUUGUCGUGUUCGCUGCUUAUUCCGGAACAUUGAUAUCAUUUUUAACAAAUAACUUUCGUAUUUUACCUUUCCAUUCACUCGAAGAACUCGUAAAUGACGGUACUUAUCAGGUCAUUGUUUACAAAGGUGGAUCCGAUUACGAUAUGUUUGCAUACGGCAAUGAUCAACUAUCGAAAAAGAUGAUGAAAAUUAUGAAGAAGGAAAAAGAAUUACCGAGCACAUUUUUGGAAGGAAUUUUACAGGUUUGCAACGAACAAAGAGUCACGUUUUUGACAAGCGUCGAAAUGGAAUUAUCAUUGCGAAUAAAGAAUAAUAAUUCUUUAUGCAACAUGGUCAGUAUAAACAGUGGACAAAUAAUUACUUUAGCGAUGAUAAUGACAAAAAAUAGUCCAUUUAUCGACUUGAUAAAUCAUUAUAUGAAUCAGCUUUUAUACAAUGGUGUCAUUAAUCGUCUCAAAAUUAAAAACAUGAAGAUAAUGAAAUACGAAGGGUCAACGUACGAGAGCGUUUCCUUUCAAUCUGUUUAUCCUGUUUUUGGUCUUCUGAAGAUUGGUUUUGCGAUAAGUAUUUGUAUAUUAAUUAUAGAGUUACUGUUUCAAAAGAUACAUAUUUCUUUUUACGAAAGAAGACACAUUCGUUCUAUGAAAAGGAUCGAUAAUGAUCUAAGAAAAUCGAAUCGAUUGAAUUAUCGAAAAGAGAAUUUUAUUUCAUGAUCACGUAGAAAGAUAAUUUUCUGUUUAAACAUUAACGUGGCCGAUAAGUAAUGUCACAAUUUUCCGAUAUAAAAAAAGAAAAAUAACACUCCAUAGUA